CAGGUUUAUAUAUGACCCUAUGUCCCUCUGCUGAGUCCGGCGCACGUUGUCUACGUCCAGCCGCAGCUCCUCCAGCUCCUACCUACUGCUCCACUUUGUUCUCAGCAUGUCCCAGCAGCAGAUCAGCCUGCCAGCCAAGCUCAUCAAUGGUGGUGUUGCUGGUAUCGUGGGGGUCACCUGCGUCUUCCCCAUCGACCUGGCCAAGACAAGGCUUCAGAACCAGAGGCACGGGCAGCAGGUGUACCGGAGCAUGGUGGAUUGCCUCUUGAAAACCGUCAGGUCUGAAGGUUACCUUGGGAUGUAUAGAGGUGCUGCUGUCAACCUCACGUUGGUUACCCCCGAAAAAGCGAUCAAGCUCGCUGCCAACGACUUCUUCCGCCACCACUUUGCCAGAGACGGGAGAGGACUGACGGUCUUUCGGGAGAUGUUAGCGGGGUGCGGCGCAGGCAUCUGCCAGGUCAUCAUCACCACCCCGAUGGAGAUGCUCAAAAUCCAGCUACAGGAUGCUGGGAGGCUGACGGCGCAGCAACGGAGCCCUGCCAUGACCCCCCCGCUGAAGCUGAGCGUAGCUGGCACUGCCGUACCAGCCAGACAAUACAAUGCCGGGGUAGCAGCUGUGAGAAGUGUGUCGGCCUCCCAGAUAGCGUGGGACCUCCUGCAUAGCCAAGGUGUUGGGGGCCUCUACCGGGGACUGGGGGCCACACUCCUGAGGGAUGUGCCUUUCUCUAUGAUCUACUUCCCGCUGUUUGCUCACCUACACCGGCUAGGCCAGGGACAGCCCUCAGAGGCCCCGCCCUUUUACUGGUCCUUCCUAUCUGGCUGUGGUGCCGGCUGCAUUGCUGCUGUGGCCGUCAACCCCUGCGAUGUCAUCAAGACAAGAUUACAGUCCCUCAGCAGAGGAGCUAAUGAGGAGAGCUACAGCGGCAUUGUGGACUGUGCCAGAAAGAUCCUGCGGAAAGAGGGUCCGUCCGCCUUCCUGAAGGGAGCCAGCUGUAGGGCGCUGCUCAUCGCCCCACUCUUCGGCAUUGCCCAGGUCGUGUAUGUGCUCGGAGUCGGCGAGUUUGUGCUCGAUUACACGCCCAACGCUCUCUUCUCCGCCUAAAGAUAAGCGGUGCGCCCAGAUGUAUCAUCAAGACCACGGCAGCUUCAAGCCUCAAGAGAGUUUGCGAAGGAUUAAAAACGAAAAACAAAAAAAAAUUCUGAGCUGAGUGUUUCUCUCGGGAAAAAUAUUAUUUUUGCCGAACCGAACAGCCGUGAUUGGCUAGAAUGUGUCAUGUGAUGCCAUUCAGUUGUCCCGCCCCUUCAUUUCUUACUUGACGGGAUAAUUGGAUGGCCGUUAAACUGUUUCACUUUGGAACCACUUUGGAAGGCUGCCAGUGAUGUUUUUUUUCCUUCCAUUGGGGAGGGACAUCUAUAAAAUCAUAUUUAGAUGCUCGUUUGAUGCAAAACAUCCAAGAUGGACUCUGUCUAUCGUGCCCAAGCUCACCUGCUUGGUGUCUGACAUGACUUCUGGUGGGUUUCACCAGUUCUAUGUCCUAUUUCUCACUGUGGUGAUGCUACAUGGCGGUGAAUUUGUAAAUGAUAGUGUGACUCACUGUGAGGGUUAAGUGAUUAAACUAAUCUUUAAAAAUGGUGCAGGUAAACAUCCCUCUGUCAAAGGACACCACUUCAUUUAAAAUGCAGCAGCCAUCGUUGAGAUGUGCAGCUCACCGUGUUUCAGGUCUGCUAAAGGAUUCCUAAAGGAGAUAGGAUCUUCAGGACGGUUUAAUGGCAUGUUCCUGACCAUGAACGACCACAUUGUGACAUUGAUGUAGCUAGACUUUCAAACAUCAUAAUGGUCUCAUAUGACUUUUAAUUGAGUGAACAGAGUAAUUAUUAGCAUACAGUAUCAGUGAAAUGUUUGGACAUACCUAUCCAUAGCAAGGUUUCUUUGUACUAUUCUCUGCCUCCAUGUAACAUAUAUGGACGUAUGCACUGAAUUUGGCCCCUAACCCCAAUUGCUCCAAGGACUGGUUGACCCCACUGUCUCCUCUAUGCCAGUUCCAUGAGGUGGCCUCCUGGGAUGCUUUUCCAACUGUCCUGAAGGAGGUCCACAUAUAUUUCCAGCACUCACUGGCUGCUUUUCCCUUAUUCUCUGGUCAAACUCCUCCAAAACCAUUUACCACUGUCCUUUGUACACGGCUUAGUGGGUUCAAACAUUUGACUGGUACUGUUGGAGCCGUUACACUUAGUGUUAUAUUCUGGGUAGAACUGAAGAAUUUUUGUUACUACUCUAUUGGGCUAGUUCAAUGAGAACCUAGUUCGUCAUGCAAUAUUUUUUACUAGCUAGUAGGCUAUUGUUCAUUCUGUUGUACUUGCCCUUAGUCUAAUUGGCUUGUCUCAGGCAAGGGGGCAGGCUUAAUUUCCAGCCUCAAAGCAUGAAAGGAGCAGCAACAAAAGCCAUAUACUGAUCCCUGGUCUUCUGUGCAAAUGCAUUUAAGCAAAGGUGUAUAGUUCGGGUUCAUAAAGUUAAAAUCCAGACCAAGAUUUUGAUUCAACCAACCAAAUGAGUUCUCUGUGACUGUGACUCAACUGGUUGGUUGAAACAAAAUCUUGGUCUGGAUUUGUUCUUUCUCGAACUGAACUGUCCAGCUCUGGAUUUAUGAUCAGAGACACAGGGUUUCCUGUAAACAUAGUUAGGCGUAUCAAUCUGAGAACCCAUAGGGUGGCCACCGGAGGCGCUGUCUCCGAAAUUCUGGGCCGGUCUGCGUUCCACAACGUGACAUCAUUCCUGUGAAGGAACGAUAAAAGAUGACAAAGGAGCAAUCAAACCAACCUUUUAGGUAGAUCUUAAUUUUUUUCUCAUUUAUAUUUAAUAAACCACCGACGUUCCCAUGACGUUGAUAGUUGAUAAGGACCAAACUGCAUCAGUCUGGUGUGCGGUGUUGUCUCCAACUAAUCGAAAUAGUUCGUACAAACAUUUUGGACUGCGUAACGUUUGAGGUUUCAUGUGUUUAUCCUGUCAACGCUGAACAUCAGAAGACAAUCCAGUAAAGAAAACUAUAAUCCAUAUAUAUUUAUUCAUUCUUAAAAGGUUGGUGUUUCUGGAAUUUACAAUUCAUAGUGAAUUUUGUCAAGCUGUACAACAACAAGCAAAAGAACAGCUAUGAACCUGUAGAUAUUGUUAAUGAUGCUUCAACUGUAACCAACAUCCCUUAGAUACAGUUGGGUGAGAUGCAGUGUGAGAAAAUGUACAUUUUUCUUCUUCUCUUACUAGUUUAACUGGUCAUUUCACACUGCUUGGUUCUCCUGUGCGUUCAAAGAACACUUGUUCCUCUAACCUUCAGCCAUUGUGUCUGACUGUCUUCCUUUGUAUAUAUGUGUUUCAAUAAAAUCAAAAGAUACUCUC